AUGGCGCAGUUAGCGUACAACAACGCCAUACACGCUACCACCAGAGAAACACCAUUCUUCGCUAACUAUGGGUUUAAUCCCACUAUUAUCGGGAAAACUAUCGGAAAACAGCCACUCGCAGAAUCGUCGAGACUACUAGCGACUAGGCUUAAGCAACUGCAUUUGCAACUGACAAGGGACAUCGAGUUUCUCAAUCUGCGCAUGAAAAACUACUACGAUCAGUCGCGCCAGGAGGCGCCGGACUUUCGAAAGGGGGAGAAAGUUUACCUCUUACGACGCAACAUUCGCACCACACGACCUAGCGCAAAGCUCGACCACCUCAAAUUAGGACCAUUUGAAAUCGAAGCAAAAACAGGACCGCUCAAUUACCGAUUAAAGCUACCUGACAGCAUACGACGCAUCCAUACCACAUUUCAUGUCUCAUUAUUAGAAAAAGCACCUAAGAACGCCAAAAUCGCUACCAACGUAGAAAUCGGAGAAGAAACCGAAAAUGAAUAUAAGGUCGAAGAAAUCCUAGACACCAACAAAAUCAGCGGAAAGCCUCACUACUUAGUAAAGUAG